AUGCUUGGUACUCUGAGCUCUCGGACAUGCCGUCAACUGACGCCGACGUUACUGUAUGCACGUCAGGCGUCUCCUGCGCUUCUCGCUGCGCGUCAGGGUAUCGCUAAUGCAAGGCACUUUGGUGCGACUGGACCUGUCAUGGCGAGGGUGGUGAAGAAGAAAGUACAGAAGAAGAAGGUGCAAAAGAAGAAGGCACUCGUGAGCGUUCGUGAGCGGGAGAAGAUGACACUGUCAGACGCAAUCGAUAUUCUGCGGGCAGUAGAGGUUGCGUCGCCCAAGUCUAUGUAUGAGUUGACCGUCAAGACGGCCAUGGGACGCGGCAUGGCAAUUCCGAAGGGCCGUUUCAAUCUCCCACGUGAAGCCAAGAAGACGAGCAAAGACAAGAUCCUUGUCUUUGCGGAGGGCCGUGCAGCCGAGGAUGCGCGCCGUGCGGGUGCAGACAUUGUCGGCGGUCCAGAACUGGUAGACGGCGUCGUCAACGGAAAACAUCAAGCAACAGUAUUCCUGUGUACGCCGGACCUCAUUCGAGCCAUCACACCGCGUUUGGGUCGUGUGCUUGGACCGCGUGGUCUCAUGCCAUCCGAGCGUCGCGGGACAGUACUAGAAGACGUCGGAGGUUUCAUUCGCCGUUUACAGGGUUCAGCGGAGUGGAAAGGUGACAAGGCUGGCACGAUUCGCCUCCCCAUCGCACGGAUGGAUUUCCCCGUUGAGGAUGUUCUCAAGAACAUCCGCUAUUUCAUGGGAGUUGUCAAGCGUGCAACAAAUAACAUCAAGACUGGGAAGGACAAUGAUAAGCCCGUGAACCAAAUCACCAAGGUCGUCUUGAGUUCACGGCAGGGUCCAGGCAUCCAGGUUUAUGACGCUUAA